UGCUUCAUUAAUUAGUGGGGAAAUGGGAUAAUAAGACAGACGACAACUAAAGAUAAAACUUAAUAAAGUAAAACUUUGUUUUCAAAUUAUAUAUUCUUUCAGUUUCCGCCAGAUAGAUUCAGCCACACUCCAAAUCAAAAUGCUCUACUUGUGCCUAUUAUUUCUCACGGCCGCCCAGAUUCCGGUCACCUCUCAACAACCAUCACCACCAACCGCCAUUUUCCUCCUCGCCGGACAAAGCAACAUGGCCGGACGAGGCGGUGUCACCAACAGCACCGUCACCCAUCGCCCCACGUGGGACGGCGUUGUACCUCCCCAAUGCUCACCAACCCCUUCCAUCCUCCGCCUCGCCGCGGAUCUCACUUGGGUCGAAGCUCGCGAGCCACUCCACGCAGAUAUUGAUUUUCUCAAGACCAACGGGAUUGGUCCGGGCAUGCCUUUCGCCCACACCAUUCUCAUGGAUAAACCGGGCGGUCGGACGGUGAUCGGUCUGGUCCCAUGUGCGAUCGGCGGGACUUCAAUCAAAGAGUGGCAACAGGGAUCCAAUCUGUACAACCAUUUAUUGAGCAGAGCGGAAGCAUCGGUACUGAGCGGGGGCAAAAUUAAAGCGCUUCUUUGGUAUCAAGGUGAAAGCGAUACUGAAAAUGCAGAAGAUUCGGAGUUGUACGGUAGCCGAUUGAAGAAGUUUUUCACUGACAUUCGCUCCGAUCUAAAGAUUCCAUUGCUCCCAAUUAUUCAGGUGGGUAUUGCGACGGGAGAGGGGCCGUAUAAAGAAGGAGUAAGAAGGGGGCAAUUUGGAAUUGAUUUAGUGAACGUGAUGACUGUUGACGCAAUGGGCCUUUCAUUGGAACCAGAUGGGCUUCACUUAACCACUCCUUCACAAGUUCAACUGGGCGGGCUUUUGGCCGAUGCGUAUCGACGAUUUCCAUCUCACCCAUUGGCUACCCCAUUAACAAAUGCUGCUCACAUUCCAAUGAUUUCUACUUUCUUUCUUUCCAUUUCUAGGAUUUUGACAGUUGUGUUGCUAUUUCUACGUCUAAUUCUCAUGUCAUGACAACGACUUUGCAUUAUUUGCAUCUAUGCUAUUGCUUUGAUGAUUCAAAGGCGUCCAAGCCCAAGGCUUCUAAUUAUGGAAACGUUAAUGCAAUUACUCA